UGGUCUGAAAAAACUGGAUUCAAAUCAGAUCUACCAGAUGGAAAAGUAAAACAGGUGUUCCCUCGCCUGUUCUCGAGACAUUGGAUCACUUCAGAUCGAAUCAAAUUUAGAUCACUAUCGAGGAUUCGAAGGUUCUAUAUGGGCAAACUGGAUCUUUGCCUCUUGAUUGAGGCCUCUGAAGAAACCUUUUUUCAUCUCUGCUUUACUUAUCUUGAAUCGGUGCUGGGCUAUCUUUAUCUUUUUCAGGUUUCAAUGCCAGAGAAGUUGGAAGUCAAUUUUGAUCCAGCCAAUUAA